AUGCAUCCCAGUUGCAUAGCGACUACAGCAGCAGCAGCAGCAGCAGCAGCAGCAGGUGCAGUCGGGGCGCCGGGGGUAGUCGCUGGAGGCCGGCAAACCAACAAGCGUCGAACCAAGGAGAAAAAGACCACCAUACGGAAGUCGUGCGACUUCUGCAAUGGGAGGAAAAAGAGAUGUGAUGGCGACGGCGUCAAUCGGUGCAGCUACUGCAUCAUCAAGAAAAACCCCCACUGCAUUUACAGCCCGCGGCGGCCCCAGAAGCCGCGGGCGCGCAAGGCGCCAGCUGCGCCUGCACCCACGACUUCUUCGACCACCACCACCAUCAUCGCCCCAACAACAAGCCGAGGGGGAGCAGGAGGAGCAGGGGCGGGAGGGGGUCUGCUUGUGGAGGCCCUGCUUCGACCAUCCUUGAAGAGGUGA